AUGGAUGAUCACCAGAAUUCACCCGAUUCUCUUUCUGUGAGCAAACAACCCAAAUCCUGGUAUCGCUGUUGUGUUUGUGGGACAACGUCUCGAAAAACACCAGACAGGAAAUUCUUCAGAUUUCCUAAGGAUCCUAUUAGAUCAAAACAAUGGGCUGCCGCAUGCAGUAAUCAAGACUUGUUAAAUAAAUCACCUACUGAUUUGUAUAAAACUGCACAAAUAUGUUCGUCACACUUCAAAGAUCACGAUUACUGUUCACCAAAGAUGCGAUAUUUACAUUCCUGUGCAGUGCCAACAAAAUUUGAACAAACAGGUAUCUACAGUGUUUACUGUUAUUAUUUCAAUAUGCUUAACAAUAGCGCCAUCUAA